UUCAUUUUAUGUCCUCUUCGUCCUUUCUUCCUCUUUCAAAUAUUUGCAUUAUCAAUUAACUAUUCUUCCUCUCACUCUCACUAACAAUUUCAAACUCUCUCACUUUUUUUCAUUUUUCUAUUUCAUUUUCUCUCUGCACUGUUACUUUUCCCACCCCCAUCUCUCGCCGACACCACCGUAACGGUUCGCCGCCGCCGAUCUUUCUCAAUCUCCACCGCUAGAUUUGCCUCCACGAGCACACUCUUCUUCACUAUACUCUUCUCCUUUCUCCUCAACCGCACGAUAACUUGAGGGAUACAACAUGAUAGGAUCCUUCCUUACCCGGGCGCUUGUGAUGAUUUUGGGCUAUGCUUAUCCAGCCUAUGAAUGCUAUAAAGCAGUUGAGAAGAAUAAGCCAGAAAUUGAACAACUUCGCUUUUGGUGCCAGUAUUGGAUUUUGGUGGCUGUUUUGACAGUAUGUGAGAGAAUUGGUGAUACUUUUAUAUCAUGGGUUCCGAUGUACAGUGAAGCUAAGUUGCUCUUUUUCAUAUUUCUGUGGUACCCAAAAACAAAGGGAACAACAUAUGUGUAUGACUCCUUCUUUAGACCGUAUGUUGCAAAACAUGAGCCAGAGAUCGAUCGCAACUUGUUGGAGCUAAGAACAAGGGCAGGAGAUAUUGCAGUUCUGUAUUGGCAAAGAGCUUUUAGUUAUGGUCAGACCAGAAUAUAUGACAUUCUGCAGUUUGUUGCAGCACAAUCAACACCAACAACUCGCCCUGCUCAGAAACCACAGCAACGACCAGGUGUGAGGGUCCGUCAACCUGCACCUGGUAAAGGUCCAUCUGCUGCUGCAACAGGACCGAAUGUUGAGGAACCUCCAUCUCCUACCUCUAGCACAUCCUCUAGUCAGUUCCAGAAAGAGGUAGCAGAGGAAUUGGGUUCACCACAAGUGCCUAAAGCAGCCUCUACUGCUGCAGUUUUGAAUAAUCAGAAGCCUCCUGUAGCAGGAGGUUUAACUACUCAGAAGUCUUCACUGGCAGGUAUAAGUACCCAGAAGUCUAAUCCUGCACCUGAUACAACCAUCAAAUCUGCACCAGCACAAGCGGAGCCAAAGCAGAUUGAAGCAGCACCACCUUCCUCCUCUCCAGCAAAUGAAAAUGGAAACCCUCCUACUAAGGAUACGAUCAUGGAAGAAACCAUUCGGGUUACACGGGGCAGGCUACGAAAAGCCCGAUCAGCUGGAACCAGCUAGAGCACAUCAAUAGUGUCAAAUUUUAGCCUGAAAUAGGGGUAGGAAGGACAUGAUGGGUGUUAAGUCGUUGUAAAACUAUGUAAAUCUCUGUUAUCCUCAAUUUCCAUUCCAUUUGUUGCUCAAUUUAGUUCAUUCCAGUUCUUUUUAUUUUCCUGUUUAAAAUUUCUUCUUAGGCAUGGAAGUUUUUGUGGCUUGAUGCCACUUUAUGUUGACUUAGAUUCAUGGUAAUGUGCAACAGUCUUAACUA